UCCCCGCGUUGCAGCCUAACUUCUUCCAAACUGUCCCGGGACUCUGAGCUGCGCUUCUCCCGCUGCUAACUCAGCUUUCUUUAGGAUUUUCUUUCUCAGGGAUGGCCGCAUCUAUUCUGGAGGUAGGAAAUCUAAUUGAAGAAGCACGUUAUGGCUCCAGUCCUCUGGCUAUGCUGACUGCGACCUGUAACAAGUUUGGCAGCACCAGCCCAGUCAGGGACUCAGCCACACCCGCGAAAAACGGCGGCCCCAGUCCGCUCAAGAAGGCCUACGGCAUGACCUCGGAGCUUCAGGCGGCUAAGAACGCACGGGUCGCAGACGGCAGCGGCAUGGUGGACUCCUACGGCGGCUCCUACACCUCAGCCGGAGGCGGACUGCUAACCCCGACCGGGAGCCCCCCUCCUACCAGCGGAGGUUAUGCUACAGAGUACAACCCUUUCUCCCACUCCUUCCAGACGUCCGUCUCCCAGGAUCAGUCCUUGUUAGUGUCCAAAAGCCACGCUCCAGCGGACUGCCUCACUAGCGUCUAUACCUCACUAGACAUGACGCACCCGUACGGCUCCUGGUAUAAAGCCGGCAUCCAUCCCGGUAUCACCGCCGCCCCCGCCAACGCCACGUCUUCCUGGUGGGACGUCCAUCCAAACUCCAACUGGUUGUCAGCGACCCAGCCCCAGUCGGACGGAGGUCUUCAAGCCUCCCUGCAGCCGGUGGCGCCUCAGGCUUCCCUUAGCCCGCAGUUGCCCAGUUACACCACCGAUUUUACUUCCCUGAACCCGGCCCCCUACCCAUCGGUGGGACUGGGCUCCUCCUCGCACCUCCUCCAGCCCUCCCAGCACAUGCUGCCCCAGGACAUGUACAAGCCCAAGCCUGUGCAAGGCGCGGGGCUAAUUGAGAGUCCCAUGGGCUUAAAACCAGCCAGGGGAUCAGGGGGCUACGGCACGGGUACGACGCCCUCAAGGUCCUCGUGUGACUGCCCCAACUGCCAGGAGCUCGAGAGACUGGGGGCCUCGGCUGCCUCCCUGAGGAAGAAGCCGGUGCACAGCUGCCACAUCCCUGGGUGCGGGAAGGUCUACGGCAAGGCGUCCCACCUGAAGGCCCACCUGCGCUGGCACACGGGCGAGAGGCCCUUCGUCUGCAACUGGCUCUUCUGCGGCAAGCGCUUCACCCGCUCCGACGAGCUGGAGAGGCACGUUCGCACGCACACCCGGGAGAAGAAGUUCACCUGCCUGCUGUGCAACAAGCGCUUCACCCGCAGCGACCACCUCUCCAAGCACCAGAAGACCCACGCGGACUCGGCGCUGCAGGGCAAAGCCGGGACCGCCGAGGGCGAGGCUGACCACCGCAACGAGGAGACGGCAGAGCUCAACGCCGGCAACCGCGCCGCUGACCCCGUCACCAACGGAGACGAGAAGAUGGCGGCGACCGCUGGACUGGAGAACAGCAGCGGACUGUUGGAGAUCUGACCUGCUGGCUUCGGGACAACAUUUCAUUUGAAACAUUUGCCCUAGAGUACACCCUCAGCCAGACAUCUUCAUGUGGGAAACCUUUACAGCUUUGAGGGCCAUGAAUUACAUUCUUAGAUAUAUUUUUAUACACACUUUAAAACAAAUCUGUAGAUUUUACAGUAAAAAAAUGGCAACUCAGUCACAGGAAUAUUUUUUUUGUUUUAAAUAUACAAUGUUGGGUUUUUUUUGUUUUUUUUUACAACAUAUUACUCUAAAUGAAAAAAAAAAACAGUACCACUGUUUUUUACAGUAAAAAAAAAAAAAAGACUGCCAGCUUAGUGGCCAGAAUUUUACUGUAAAAUUGACAGCGUUUUACUGGAAAUGGGAAAAAGGACUACUUUUUUCAGUACCAGUUUUUUACUGUGAAAAAAACUGAGGCACCAUUUUUUUUCCAUCUACAGUAAAACAUUGAAACAGCAACAGUGGAUUUUACAGUAUUAAUUUUACUGUAAAAUAUACAGCAUUUUACUGUAAAUGGAAAAACAGUAUUACUAUUUUUUGCAGUAAAAAACUGAAUUUUUUUGUAAAAUUGACAGCGUUUUACUGGAAAUGGAAAACAGGACCAUUUCUUCACUACCAGUUUUUUACUGUGAAAAAACCCAGGCACCAUUUUUCUCCAUUUACAGUAAAACAUUGCAACAGUAGAUUUUACAAUAUACAUUUUACCGUAAAAUAUACUAUAUUUUCACAGCAUUUUACUGUAAAUAGAAAAACAGUAUUACUAUUUUUUGCAGUAAAAACUGGCAGCUUGGUCGCCAGGAUUUUACUAUAAAAUAUAUAGUUGUUUUUUUUCCAACAUAUUACUGGAAUAGAAAAACAGUAAAAAAAAUAAUUGAUUCUUGCAUCUGAGUUGGCACUUUUUUACUGUAAGAAAAAAACUGUGCUACCACUUUUUCACUAACAGUAAUACACCGUAAAAAAACAGCUUGGACGCCGAAAUUUUACUGCAAAAUGUACGUUUUUUGUUUUUGGUUUUACAAUGUAUUACGGCAAAUGAAAAAACAGUACAACUGUUAUUUUACAGUAAAAAAAUGGCUGCUUAGUGUCCAGAAUUUACUGUAAAAAUCAUGGAGGUUUUUACAAUAUAUUAAAAUGGAAAUACAGUGCCACCAGUUUUUAUUCUGGCAUCUGUGCUGCCAGUUUUUUACCGUGAAAAAAAAAAAAAACCUGUGGUAAAAACAGCAACCAUAUAUUUUACAGCAAAAAAACAACAAUUGGUCGCCAGAAUUUCACUGCAAAAUAUGCCUUUUUUUUUUACAGCAUAUUACUGGUAAUUGAAAAACAGUACCACUAUUUUUGUCAGUAAAAAACUGGCAGCUCGGUCACCAGAAUUUUACCCAAAAAAACAAUGUCGUAGUUUUUUCAAUUUUUAUAUAAAAUUGAUACUAAUAAUAAUGAUUUCAAAGCAAGUUAUCCAUCAAAUUGUGCAUAAUAAAAGUAGCAAUAGAUGUAAUGGUCCAAUUGUGAAGUCGACUAUUUUUUAGAGUAUUUUUAUCUUAAUGUAAAAAAAAAAAAAAAAACUGUACUUUUUUGACUGUAGCAAUCUGUGGUGCUGGUUUUGAAAUUACCGUAAUACACCCAAAAAUCUACAGUUGUUGAUUUGCAGCAAAAAAACAAAAACAAAAAAAACUGGCUGCUCAGGUGCCAAAAUUUUACUGUAAAAAUGCAUUUUUAUUUUUAUUUACAGUAAAAAAAAAAAACUGUGCAUUUUACAAUAGAAUUCUGGCAACUGAGCUGCCUUUUCUUUUCUUUUUUUUUCUUUUUUUUUACCAUAAAUACAGCAGUGCAGUUUUUCCAUUGACAGUAAUAUAUACUACAUUUUGAGGUCAAAUUAUUGCAACUUACCAUUUUUUUUUUGCAUUUUAGUUUUUCCAAAAUCUAAUAAUAAAAUUAAAAAUGGUGUAAUAAUAAAUUAUGUAAUUAUAAGUGGCCCUCUGGGGCCAAAAAUAACUGCCAUGUGGCCCUCAGUGCAAAUGACUCUGACACCUCUGCAAUACAGUGAUGUUUUUUCUGUCAAAAUGGAGAGAAUGAAAACAUUUAGCAGGAAAAGAUAAAGUGCUACAUUGGCACACAUGAUGCCACAUAAAAUGUGCCAGAUGUGGCCCCGGGGCCUUACGUUUGACAGCAGUAAUAUAGAAGGACACGCUGCACGCACGUACAACACAUCCACCUUUUUUGAAGCCAACACACUUUUUUUUUUUGGGCCUUUCAAAUGAAAUUAGAGCAACCACUGUGGGGAAAUAGAAUCUGCAAAGGCAGAAGGAAAAGAGCUCCGAAGCCACAAAAGGAAAGUCGUUUCAGAGCGAGACUUUUGGUCAGCGUGGCAUAACUCUGCACAAAAAUCGGAUUCGCAGCUGUACUUUGAUACAUAAUCACUCUUAGAACCAUCCCCACGCUUGUUCUUCCUUAAGAUAUUUCUUUGUUUGCUUCCUCCCACGCGUAAUUUAACUUCCUUAUUUACAGAAGUCCUCUAAUUUAUGUCUUAAAUUAUAAACAUCGGGGGAUUAUCUUGCACCUGGCAGGGAAAUGAUCCAUUCGAGCCUGCAAGAUUUAGCGUUAAUUUAAAGACUUACCUUUUUUUUUUUCUCUAUUUAUUAGUUAUAACAAAGAGUUUGGAAGUUGAAGAUUUAUUUAUAGAUCUUGACAUGUAGAUGUGUGUAAGCUAUUUCCAUGUUUCUUUUGUAAUUGUGAACUUUUCCAAAGCAUAUACAUUAAAGAUGAAUUAAGGGUUGCACCUAGAGUGUAUAAACAUG